AAUCUUUGUUUGGUUUUGUAUAUGAGCUAUUUCUAUGUUACUUAUAAUAUUACAAACCUAGCAAAUGAGAAAUUAAUAUUAGCCAUUUGUCAUUUAUUAAUCCUCUCAAGAUUAAGGCCAAUUCAUCCUUCAUCUUUCUAUGGUUCAUUCUUCUCUUAAAUGGUAUAAUAGCAGUACAUGGAAUGAAAGGCACAUAUGGAAUAAACUAUGGAAAAAUAUCAGACAAUAUUCCAACACCUGAAAAUGUCUUAAUACUUCUCAAGAAAAACAAGAUCAAGAACAUCAGAAUCUACGAUGCGGAUCAAAGAGUUCUGAAAGCCUUCAGUGGUUCUGGGAUCGAAAUCUCAGUUUGUCUUCCCAAUGAACUACUAAUAGACGUUAGCAAAAACGGAUCUAUAGCUCUCGAAUGGAUACAAGUUAACCUACAACCGUUCCUCCCUGGUACCUCAAUCCGAGGUAUCGCGGUUGGAAAUGAGAUACUAGGUGGCGAUACAGCAAUUGCGGAAGCAUUAGUGCCCGCGGUUAAAAGUGUGUACCGCGCGUUGAGGAAGUUGGGCUUAACCGAUACGAUUGAGGUCUCGACUCCACACUCUGAGGCAGUUUUUAACAGCACUUAUCCGCCUUCAGAUGGCGCCUUUAAACCGAGUUUGAUGCCAUAUUUGGGACCACUAUUGCAGUUUUUCAACAGAGUUGGCUCACCUUUUUACAUAAAUGCAUAUCCAUUCUUGGCCUAUAAAUUUGAGCCUACAAUUGAUAUCAACUAUGCACUAUUCAAAAAAAAUAAAGGGAUUGUUGAUCCUAAGACUAAGUUGCACUAUGACAACAUGUUUGAUGCCAUGGUUGAUGCAACAUAUAUAGCUUUAGAGAAAUUAGGGUACAAGAAAAUGCAGGUUAUCGUAUCGGAGACCGGUUGGGCAUCCAAAGGGGAUGACAAUGAAGCAGGUGCGACCCCUGAAAACGCCAGAACUUACAACUUUAAUUUGCAUAAAAGGUUGAUGAAGAAGAAAGGUACCCCUUAUAAGCCAAAAACGAAGGCCAAAGCUUAUGUCUUUGCAUUGUUUAAUGAAAAUUUGAAACCUGGACCAACCUCAGAGAGAAACUUUGGAUUGUUCAAAGCUGAUGGAAGUAUAGCUUAUGAUAUUGGAUUUAAAGGACUUGUAUCUUCUUCUCCAUCCUCAAAGGAUUUUGUACUACGAGGGCGGUUUUGGAUUUCUCAAUCGUUCAUUAUUGCGGCAUGUGCUACAAUUCUGGUUCUUUCAUAGAAUUAUAAUUUCAAGAUAAUUAUAUUUGAGAAUGGAUCCACAUAUUCUCUGUUGUUAUUUUUAAACAUUGGAAGAAAUUGAUGUCCUUAAGUUGUAUAAAAUAGUUGCAGUUUAUUCAAUUUGACAUUCUUCAGUAGCACCUGUUGAUUAAUAAUAAUUGAUUAUAGCCAUUAAGCAGUGUA